AAAGAAACAAGGUGAGAUAAGUUAACUGUGUGAUCAACUGCUUUCAUCGACCAAUUAAUUGCUGAGUAACAACAAAAGCCAACACAGCUUGCGGCUCUCCAGGACAAGGAGUGAGGACCAUUGCUAUGGACAAAAUAAACCAUAGCACCGACUUUGUGCAGGAGGGAAGGCGGAGGAGUGUGAUAUAGACAAUUGGUUUUCGGAGUCUCUUGCUCGCUUCCCCGUUCGUAGAGAGAAGGGGAAACUUUAAACCUGCACGCCUGCAUGGGCAUACAGGUAGUCAGUCCAUAGCAGACCGAAGCCCACAAGUAGGCGGCGACCUAAAAGAGGCGCAGGACGUAGAAACGGACACUGCGCUGGUUGUGAAUCCAGGAAAUGGCGGAGCCGCAAACGCCAGGCCGGUACCAGCCGGGAGCGGAGGAAGAGGAGCCAGUUAGCUCUGCCAGGUUGGAGCCCAGCACUCUGCAGUGGCCGGGUGACAAGAAGAUGAUGAAGGAGGGGGAGAAAGGAGGCGUGGCCGCUGAGAAAAAGGGACCGGAGGAGGGGAUAGGUAGCCAGGCGGAGAGAGAGAAGGGCAGCGCGGAGUCCAUGUCGUCCUCACAGAGAGGCCCGGGAAGUCGGACGGAGAGUGAGCUCGGGGAGAGGGGGAGUCGGUUGGAGGGAGGCUGGACGGAGUUGGAGAAGGCGAAGAAGGCGAAGGCGAAGGAGGCGGAGGCGGAGACGAACGUCAAAGGGGCACUGGACCGCUUCAUGAUCGCGGAGGAUGGCGACACGGCCAACUGGAUGCCUGAGAAAGCCGCCCAGGUCUUCAGCCCCACCGUGACGAUCAUACGGCCCUCCAGGAAGCACAAGAGCGCCACAGAAUGUCCUACCCUUAGGGCGGAUGAUCUGGAGAAGGAUCCCCUGAUCAGGCCCCAAGGCACCCCACCGGAUGCUUAUUAUGACUGGUCAACAGGUUCCAACGCAUCCAAAUGUUCCUGCUUUAACCGGGGCAUCCUGAAGCUCGGGGGAGCCAUUUUGGCGGCGGCUGUGAUCUUCCCCUUCCUGGUGUGGGGCGGGUACGCCCUCCUGCCCUUCGAUGCCCCGGUGCUCACCAGCGCCCCCUACAGGCUGGUGUACACCCUGCGCUGCUCCAUCUUUGCCGCCGUGCCCAUCGUGUUGGGAGUUCUGGUUCUGGGCGUGUCCAGGCUGCGGUUCAGCUCGUCCAAGCCGCUGUACGAGGGCGGGGCGCAGAACCGGGAGGUGAGCGUCCACUGGCGCUACGUGAGCGACUCGGUCUCGCUGUUCCUGCUCUACUUCCUGCAGCUGGCCGUCAUGGCGACCUACGUCAGCCAGGACCACCUGAAGCUGGUGCCCCUGCUGACCAUCGUGUUCGCCUUCGGCAGGCUGGUGUACUGGGUCUCCGUGGCCCUGAAGAGUCCGGUGAGGGGCCUGGGGUUCGGCCUCUCCUUCCUGCCCAUCCUGCCCAUGCUGGGGGCCAACCUCUACUUCAUCUUCGCCCUGGAGGGGGGCGGCGGGAUCCUGGCCCUGGAGCCCCCGGCCACGCCCGGGCCCCCCCGUAUGAGGAUGUGGGGGUAGAGCAGAGGGGGGGCCCCGCGUUUCGUCUGGGCCGGAUCCCGCGCCUCCACGGGGAGCAGGGGAUGCUGGGAUAUCUUCUCCGGACGUGACUGGCCCAAUAAAACAUUGGCUUGAUUGGUUUGAUUCAAACUGGCCCGGUUGUAGCUUUGGUGACUGCAGUGACAUGGCCUUUCGUGCCGCCCGACGGCAUCCACAACACCCAGGAGAUGGCCCUGCACCUUCAGUCCCUGCUGAAGCUCUUUAACAGAACCGUGCCAGAUCUGCGAUCUGCAUAUGGGCAAAAAUACUCACAUGAGGCCACACCCUCGAGACUGUGAUUCAUAGGAAACUGGUUUGUGUAGUUUUUUUUUUUGUUUUUUUUUUUUGCCAUUUUAUUUUUUAUUCUGAAGCAUUGUCAGACAAGCCUGUGUUUGUCAUAAUUAUUAUAAUAAAACACUUUAGGGUGAAAGCUCUGGGCUGUAUAUGAACUACAGGAGACCAGACCCAGGACGGGUUUGUACUGUACAAACCUGUUGUACGGUUUGUACUACACACUAUAGUAUGCUGUGGUACAUGUUUGUGCCUUCUGUCUUAGUUUAGAUUUUUAAAGAAUCAUGUACACUUAGCAGGGAUCAGUGUAACUGAACAGUCUGAUGUUCAAUAGCAGCGAUUGAUGAAAUCAUCAGCUAUUAAUUCAUGCACACUUUGAGGACUUUCCCUUCUGAAAUUGAGAAAUUAUACUUUUGAAUGCUUGUACACGGUCAUGUUUUCAAAUGUUAUAUUUUAUAGCAAAGAGGGGG